CUGCGUCUGGGCUGGAUGCAGCUGUGGCGGCCCAUGCGUGGGGUGUUUAGGCGGUCAACGCCGCAUAACCGUGCCUCCCGAUCCCACCUCCAGCCCGCCGCCACCUCCCGGCAUGCCCCGCCCCACCUCAGCGCGCGCAGCCGGCCGCCGCCGCGCGCCGCCACCGCCGACCCCGCCGGCACGCCUACCCCUAUCUCUGGAUCGAGGCGGGUCAACGAGCGUGUGGGGCGGCAGGCGGCUCUCCGGCUCGACCCGAUCGGAUCCGAUCGAGUGAGGCCUGCACAGGGCGGCGUCGGAUGGGCUGGACGCACAGAACGACGGUGGCGUCCGGAUCCAGGCGAGCGUCGGCGGCACAAGGCGUCGUGGUUCUCCGGGGCAGCGCCAUGGUUGCUCCGCCGUGCUCCUGGAAGAGAACGAGGAAGGAUGAGGGAGAGCAAGCAUGGAAGAUGCCGAGAACCCAAGCUGCUCCCUCCAGCGUGCCCCCUCCAUGGCUCGUCGUCGCUCUGUGACCACAUCCAGCUCCAGCUGUUGCAGAAGGACGUCAACCUCCUUAAUCCGAUGGCUGAGCUAGAGAAGCACUCACAAGAAGAAGCAUCUCGUGCAGUCCAUCAACUCAUCAUGUACGUGCGCAUCAGAUCAUGUAUGGUCCAGAGGAAAUAUUCCUUUCUCUUUCAAUUGAUUUGUCUCCUGGCCCCUUUUGUCUUUGUUUUAUAUGUCCGUAGGAUGUCAUGUGCCAGAACCGCUUCAACAUGUGAGCAUGAUCCUUUCCAAGCUUUAGUAAUGUGUUGCUAGCGAAACACAAUAACAUUAAUACCAUGUAUUUUGUAUUAUUGACUUGGGGAAUUGAUUUAAAUUGCUAUUGGUGGUUAUAAUAGUUUGCUAUACUUUUAGUAGAUUAUGUUUAUGCAAGUUAGACAUAGAGCGGCUGUUCGAGAAAGUAUGUAGAUUUAGGAAGUAGGAACAAGCCCAUCCUGUACUACUGUUGCGUUUUGCUGAUGUGCUCCUGUCGCAUGUGCUAAUGUUUGGGCUCUUGUCGCAACAUCUAAAUUAUUGUUUGAAAAAGGGAGGUUUAAUUUAAUGUAAUUGUUUUUUAUUACACAAAAUGGACCACAAUGUCGAAUCAACCAUUGUUAUACACUUUUAGUAGUACGGUGUGGGAUACUUUGUCUUUGUUUUCGGACAAUCAACUCGCAGUCCAGGUUGAAGUGACUAAAAAACGGUCCGUUUCUGAAUUGGGAUCUCCACCCCAUAUCACUAUCCCGACACACAACACAGCUUGUCCUUCUCUGAGUUUUCGCACUGCCAGACCUCCUCUCCGACUUCCGGCCUUUCCGCGAGCUCCGGCCGAUGUUGUACCACGCACGACACCUGGGGCCACCCCCGCGUCGUUGCAGUUUCCAUCUAGGAUGAUCAUAGCUUUCCCGAGCUUCGUCAGCCAUUUGCAUGCUAACUAUUCGGUCAAUUGACCCAACGGACCGGAGGGAAUUUUCUGUUUUUUUACUUUGGUUUUCCAUUUAGUACUAAAGUGAUCACGACCACAACCACUGGACAAGGCUAAUCUUAUGAGGAAGGCAUCAAUAGCAAUCUCAUCGAGUGGGUUGUGUCGCUUUGUUUUGACCUGUAUU